AUGUUUGCCUGGGAGAUUCGCGAUCGUUUAUUAUCAGAGAAUAUCUGUAGCCAAGACAAUGUUCCGAGCGUCAGUUCCAUUAACAGAAUAGUCCGGAAUCGAGCCGCAGAAAAAGCCAAGGCUCAAAACCCACAGGCCCAGUCGAGUCCCCCACUUCAAGGUGAGGCCCCACCACCGGCCCUUAACCAGACUCAGGCUCCUGCUGGGGCAGAUGAUUUUAAUUUUUUAAUAUUUUUUUAUUGUUCAAAAUCUAUCUAUCUAUCUAUCUAUCUAUCUAUCUAUAACGUACUUCUUUUUAUUUCUCUCACCCACUCCCUCUACACGUACAUGCCUAUCACUUUCUGUCACUUCUAUUUCGGUAUUGAUCUAAUCUCACCCCAUCGAUCCUCUCUCUUGCUGUCAACUCAAUUUGCCUUCAAGCGAGUAUUCGAGUCCUCUGCCGUCAUCACUCAACCGUGUCCAUUUCUGCUAGGCGUUCUUCUUUCCCGUUCCACUCUCAUGGCUGCAGCUAGCAUCCGGGCACUUCUGCCGGGCUCCGCCAGCAAAUUGUAG